UCGUAUCUAGUCAUCUUUGGUACUGCAUCGUGAACAUCUCACAGUUAACGUUAACGUUGCAGAGAUAUUUGCGGACUUGGUAUUUCUGAGAAAAAUAAAAUAUUAAAAAUGGAUAAGUCCUUAGCUGCAGACCGUUUUUGGGUGGAUAAAGCAAAUUGCCAUAAUGCUGAACGUCAAUAUCACGAACUUUUGAGCAAACAGGAAAAGGUCAAACAAUUAAGCGGCAAAGGGUACUUGAAUGGUGUACAAGAGCCCGCUUGCAAAUUGAAAAAAGUAAAGAAAAUGAAAAAUAAAAAGAAUGAAUAUGUAGCGAAACUAACGGAAAUAUCUACAAAUUCUGAAAGUGAAGAGAGGCUUUUACUAACGGGCUCCCAGGUCAAUGCUCCAUUUGAAUCAAUAAAACUAGUUGGAAAACCAAUUGAAGUUUCGUCUAAACCAAUUGGAGAAAAACCCAAGAAAAGAAAUAGGGGUGCAAAGAAAAAUGCUGAUGUGCUGGGUUCCUCGGCCAACAGUCAAAGCACUUUAGUGUCGGAAAUCGCUAAAGCAAGAGAGCACAUUAAAAAUUCUUUAGAAAAGAUGGACGUCAUUACCACCUUAAGCUCAUCUCCUGUCUCCAGUGAUGUGCUUGAUCGCGUUGCUGUUGUAGAAAAAGACAACGCAGAUCUGAGGAAUUUGAUAGAAAGUUUGAGAGCUGUUUGCUUGGAAACACAAAAUCGUGUCACGGCCUUGGAAAAGAAGGUAAAUUCUGAACUUUCUGGCAAGGCUAGUGCACCCAUAUCCGCUCCUGCCACUGCUACACAACCAGAAGCGGAUGAUGAUGACGUAGAUCUAUUCGGUUCAGACGAAGAAGAGGAUGAGAAUGCUGCGCGUAUACGUGAAGAACGUUUGGCUGCAUAUGCCGCAAAGAAAUCCAAGAAACCGCAAAUUAUCGCAAAAUCUAGUUUGAUUUUGGAUGUUAAGCCAUGGGAUGACGAAACCGAUUUGAAAGUUAUGGAAACGGAGAUAAGGAAAAUCACAACUGAUGGUCUCUUAUGGGGCGCUUCAAAGUUUGUCCCUGUUGCUUUUGGUAUCCAAAAGUUGAGCAUUUCUUGUGUCGUUGAAGACGAUAAAGUUUCAAUUGAUUGGCUGACUGAAGAAAUUGAAAAAUUAGAGGACUACGUCCAAAGUGUUGAUGUCGCUGCAUUCAACAAAAUUUAAAAAAAGAAAAACUUGAAUAAAAACAAACAGUUACGAGUAUUUAAAU